AUGUUUAAGAAAACCACUAGGAUUGUUCCCAGGAGUCAUAACAAAAGAAAGCUGAAAAAGUCAAAUCUGAGAAGUGGACACAUCUUCACCUACAAAUGCUACUUCACUUUCAUUACUGGCUGUUACAGCUGCCAGUGGAAAAUUAAUCAGUUGAAAAAACCUAAAGCUGGAGCUCGUUGCCGCAAUUGGCGAGAGAGAUUAUUUUUCCCAUUUCUGCUUGCUUCAGUUGGCUUGUCUUCCCUUUUCCUGUUCGUGUGGGCAGAAUCCUCAAAUGAAUACUUUGACUUUGACUGGGCCAUUUUUCUAAAUACAGGAUUGUGGUUCUUCUGGUCCCUUGUUUUGCUGUCUGUAGCUGGGAUUGUGACUGUCUACUCUGCAAUGCUAUUGAUAAUUGCAUGUUUGUUGUUUUGGGAAAAAAACGAGUUAUACCUGCACUGGUGUCAUAAGAUCCUGAUUCUACUAGUGAAUAUGCUCUGUGCCUUUUUGCUGUCUCUUUUAUGCAUAUAUUGGAGGGACAAGUGGUUGACCUUUGGACUUUCAAUUCAGGUCUUUGCUCCCUACGUGCACUUGAGCUGUGUAAUUGUGAUGAUUAUUUUUUCCUGGCCUGUGGCCCUCUUCUUGGCCCAGUUGGAAGAAGAAGCCAGAUUUAAAAGAUACAGGAUGACCUUUUAUGACAGAAGAAAAAUCAAGAGAUGUAAUGAAAUCACAAAGUUGAAAGCUCUACAACUGGCUAUUGGACUGCCCUUUAUUAUUAUCCUUUUAUUCCUCUACUUGAUGCCACUGGGGAUUUAUUCUCCCUGCAUUCUGGAGAAGGAGAAUUUGGGACCCAAGCCAACCUUCUUUGCACAUAGAGGUGCCCCUAUGGUGGGACCUGAAAAUACCAUGAUGGCCUUUGAGAAAGCUGUUGACCAAGGGGCCCAUGGGCUGGAGACUGACAUAUACUUAAGUUUAGAUCAUGUGCCUUUCCUCAUGCAUGACCAUGACCUGAAAAGAACAACCAAUAUCGAUGAGAUCCAGCCACAAGCCUCCUUGAACAACUGUGCUUUCUUCACUUGGGAUUUCCUGUCAACUUUGAAUGCAGGAAAAUGGUUUUUAGACACAUGGCGUAGACCAUAUUUCAAUAUGAGAUACCUAUCAGAGGCUGAUAAAAAUAAAGCAAGAAAUCAGACAAUCCCAAAACUAAGUAAUUUAUUGGAACUUGCAAAGAAGGAAAAAAAAUUUGUGAUAUUUGAUCUUCAUCGCCCUCCACCAAAGCAUCCUCUCAGAAACACCUUUGUCCGCCAAGUAGUAAGCGUGAUCCUUGACUCUAAAAUUGAGCAACAUCUGAUUUACUGGUUGCCAGGUCUUGAUAGGAACUAUGUCAGGAACACAGCCCCUGGUUUUCAGCAAGUGGGCCGACUUUACUCCAUUGACCGCCUUAAAGAAGAAAACAUCAGAAUAAUAAAUGUUGAGUACAAGGAGUUGUUCCACAAUGGGUUGAGAGACUAUAAAGCAGCUAACAUCACUAUCAACUUAUACACUGUCAAUGAGCCUUGGCUCUACUCACUGGCCUGGUGCUCCAGCAUUCACUCAGUGACCACAAACGACAUUCAUCUCCUGAGUCAGCUUAAUCAUCCUUACUUCUUCAUGACACCAAGUUUCUAUAUGUUCAUAUGGCUUCUCAUAGAUAUUGUUUCUACAGUUUUCAUUUUUUCUAUAUUUUAUUUUCACUGGUGGAAAGUAAGCAAAAAAGAAAAAGUGUUCCGAAGUGCCAGCAUUCACACAGUUUACCUGUAA